AUGGUCGAGCUGUCCUUUAUCAACCUCGGCGACGGCCGGUCCAGUGAACGCGCACAUGCCAACUCAAAGACUAUCCGCCAACAUGUGCGCAGAGCCGUGAUCCGCAAGCGAGCACGGUCGUCAAUCGAUGACCGAAUCAAGCACUUUACAGGCACCGAAUUCGUCGUCGUGGACACACUGCUGCCGUCCAAGUUUGGUGCAGGAACAGCGAUUGGCCAUGAGACCACGUCCAAAUCUGCAGGUACCCAAUGCGGCAGGUCACAUCCCAAGAAGGUAUCGGGUACUCGGAAAAAGUCCCAGAAGCUAGACGACAGAAUCAGCACUAUCAAUACACAACCAGUUUGGCGUCACCCGUACACGGACCAUGCUGCUGUAGUUGUCGAUCUUCCCAUUGAGAGGAUCAAUGCACUAUUCCAAAAUCCUCUGUUCCGAAACGCCACCGAGCCUCUGUUUGCACCCCAAGAUCACAAACUACACGGCAUCGAGAACGUCUUCCCCGGAAGCCUCAAAGACGGCACCUUCUUCAGCGCCCUGCUCUUCUCCACCCUGCAAAUGAUCAACCACGGCACGCCCACGCCCGAGAGCCUCGAGCUCCAAAAGAAAGCCCUCCGAGGCCUCCGUCGCAAAAUGCUCACCUCAUUCGAAAGCCUCAGUCCGGCCGACAUCGGCUCGGUCCUGAUCCUCCAAGGCGUCGCCUACCGCUGGAACGAUAUCGAAGCUUACGAGAUCCACACGCAAGCCCUGCUGCACAUCCGCAAACCGUGGCAGAUGCAGAUGCCGAUGCCGACCGAAGAAGCGUCCUGCUGGACGCAGCUGAUCAUGCGCGCCAUGUUCUGGCAGGACCUGACCGCCGCGCUCGUCAUCGGCAGCAAGCGGCACGCCGACGCGUGCUUCAGCAUCCCUCGCCCACGCUGGCGCCGAGCCACUUCACCCACCCCCUUCCCAUCACCGCCCGCCGGCUUCAAGGCCAACGCCGACAUCAUCCCCGCCCAGCUGCUGCACUGCAUCGAGGACAUCAUCGAAAUGCAAGAGCUCACUUCCCUCCCCCUCCUCAAAGUCGACGCCGACGCCUUCGCCAUCGACAACAUGCAAGCCAGCAUCGAGUCGCGCCUGGCAUGGGACACAGCUGACUGCGCCCCCCUGACGCCCAUCUCGGACUGCGUCCGCCUCGCCACGCUCAUCACCUGCUUCCUGGCCUUCAACAAGACGUGGGCCAACAGCCUGGUCCCGAGCCUGCUGUCCGACAUGCUGCUGAAGCGUUUCGCGGGGUGCAUUACCGAUCAAGCAUGGGAAGGGCGACGGCGACGGCCCCUGCAGUUGUGGUGCGCGCUGGCUGGCUCGUUCGUGACGACGUUGCCGUAUCAUGCGGUCGAGAGGCUGGUCGAGCGAUGGAGCGAGACGCUGCUGGUGCUGGCGACGGUUUGCGGGCAAGGUCGAUCCCGUACGGCGGAGACGGAGGGGGGUGGUGUGGAUUAUAUGCAUGAGGCGCUGACCAAGUUCGUCUACUGCGACGGUUGGGUGCUGGAGCGGCGGCGGAUCAAGGGCUGGAGGCAGCUUGAAUCGAGUCUCUCCGAAUCAUGA